GCCAGUUGCUCUAGGUGAAGCACAACUCACUCGCGAGCUACAGAAUGAAGCAGGUGUAUAACAUGGCGAACACAAGCUACGGAUCUCUCGCUACUCUCCUCCUCUUAUUCACCAUUUCGGCAGCUAUCCGUACAGGAGCUGCUCAGUACCCAGUCCAAAGCCAGAACCUCGUAACGGACAACGUUUCAGUGGUGGAAGGGGAGACAGCCACCAUCAGCUGUCGAGUCAAAAACAACGAUGACUCGGUCAUCCAGCUCCUCAACCCCAACAGACAGACCAUCUACUUCAGAGAUGUCAGACCCCUGAAAGAUGCUCGAUUCCAGCUGGUCAACUUCUCAGACAACGAGCUGCGUGUUGCACUAUCCAACGUGUCUCUCUCAGAUGAGGGCCGAUACGUGUGCCAGCUCUAUACAGACCCUCCACAGGAAGCCUACGCUGACAUCACUGUGCUAAUCCCACCAGGAAACCCAAUCAUUGAGUCCCGCGAGGAGAUCGUCAGCGAGGGCAACGCGACAGAGAUGAGCUGCACCUCCAUGGGCAGCAAACCUGCUGCAAUUAUCAGAUGGAUGAAAGGAGACAAAGAGCUACAGGGAAAGUCUAAAGUGGAGCUCACGUACGACAGGAUGUACACUGUGACAAGUUUGCUGAGGUUUACCGUCACAAGAGAGGAUGACGGGGUUCCUGUUAUCUGCAUUGUGGACCAUCCAGCAGUCAAAGACUUCCAGGCCCAAAAGUACUUGGAAGUACAAUAUAAACCUGAGGUAAAGAUCGUGGUGGAGUUUCCAGUGGGCCUUACUAGAGAGGGCGAGAAUCUGGAACUGACAUGCCGGGCUAAAGGCAAACCAGAGCCUCAACAGGUGAACUGGGUGAAGGUGGAUGAUGAUGUGCCCUCACACGCAGUCAUAACCGGCUCAGAUCUCUUCAUUGAGAACCUCAACAAGUCCUUCAACGGCACUUACCGAUGCGUGGCUUCCAACUCGGUGGGUGAAUCGUAUGAUGACUACAUCCUUUAUGUGUAUGAUGCCCCUACCACAACCCCUAAACUCACAACCACCACCAUCUCUGCCACUACUCCCCCUCCAGACAUCAUACAAGACACUGCGCCCAGCACUGAAGCCGCAGCUCACGACUCACGAGCAGGAACAGAAGCACAGAGAUCGGUGGACCAUGCAGUAAUCGGAGGAGUGGUGGCCGUUGUGGUCUUUGCCAUGUUGUGUCUUCUCAUUGUUUUGGGACGAUACUUCGCAAGACACAAAGGCACCUACUUCACACACGAAGCCAAGGGAGCGGACGACGCGGCGGAUGCCGACACAGCCAUCAUAAAUGCCGAGGGAGGCCACAACAACUCGGAUGAGAAGAAAGAGUACUACAUCUGAGUCCAGAGGCCUCUGUUGUUAAUUUUUUUUUCAUC